UGCGGCGCCUCCCCCGCCCGCGCGCCCUUGCUCCGCGUCCCGCCCGCCUCGCCCCCGCGCGGCCUCUCCGCUUUCUCUCCCGCUUCGCUCCGGCCUCUCCGAGUCUGCAGCGGGGCGCCGGGAAGAUGGCGGCGCGGGGAGGCGGCGCGGGGGGCGCGGGCUCGGGAUCCGGACCCUCUGCUGGGACGGCGGGGGAGGCCGCGGAGCCCGCGAUGCGCCCGGGGGAGGUGGCUGCGCUGCACCCCCAGGAGGUGGCUGCACGGCUGCAGCGGAUGCGACGAGAGCUGAGCAACCGGCGGAAAAUCCUAGUGAAAAACCUGCCCCAGGACAGCAGCUCCCAGGAGGUUCAUGAGUUAUUACAGGACUAUGAACUAAAGUAUUGCUAUGUGGACAGGAAUAAACGAACAGCUUUUGUUACCUUAUUGAAUGGGGAGCAAGCACAGAGUGCGAUUCAGAGGUUUCAUCAGUUUUCUUUCCGGGGCAGAGAGUUGACAGUGCAGCUGCAGCCCACAGACGCUCUCUUGUGCAUCACCAACCUGCCUGUCUCCUUCACGUUAGAAGAGUUUGAAGAACUUGUCCGUGCCUAUGGCAACAUCGAGAGGUGUUUUUUGGUCUACAGUGAAGUCACUGGCCACUCCAAAGGCUACGGGUUUGUCGAGUACAUGAAAAAGGACUUUGCUGCCAAGGCCAGACUGGAGCUACUGGGCAGGCAGAUGGGAGCCUCAGCACUCUUUGCACAGUGGAUGGAUGUUAACCUCUUGGCCUCAGAGCUCAUCCAUUCUAAGUGCCUUUGUAUCGAUAAUCUCCCCAGUGACUACAGCGAUUCAGAAGAGCUCUUACAACUUUUUUCUGGUAUCCAUAAACCUGUGUUUUGCCAGCUUGCACAGGAUGAAGGAAGUCACGGUGGUGGCUUUGCAGUGGUUGAAUAUAGCACUGCGGAGCAUGCUGAAGAGGUUCAGCAGGUGACAGAUGGCAUCACCAUCCAGGGGAGCCAAGUUCAACUGUCCUUCUGCGCCCCAGGAGCACCAGGGCGAAGCACUCUAGCAGUUCUCAUAGCGGCUCAGCGCGCGAUGCACAGUAACCAGAAGGGAUUACUGCCAGAACCCAACCCUGUACAGAUUAUGAAAAGUUUAAACAACCCUGCCAUGUUACAAGUUCUUCUGCAGCCCCAGCUGUGUGGACGAGCCGUGAAGCCAGUUCUCGGAGUCUCGCCCAGCUUAUCUCAUCUGCUGAGUCCAUCCCUCCCCUCUGCGCUCUUACACUUCAGUAAAGCACAGCAGAGCUCCGCUGUGGGUAAUACGUCUUCCUUACUCCUUCAGAAUCUUUCUCCCUUACCCUUGAUACAGCAGCAGCUGAUGAAGUUUGACAACGCCCACACUAAUAAUAAGCCUGGCUUGCUGGGAGAGCCCCCUGCCGUGGUACUGCAGCCUGCUCUGGCAAUAGGGCCACCCCUUCCACUGAAAACGGACCUGGGACACCAUGGAGAAGCGCACAAAACGUCUAAUCUGAUUCCAACUCAGACGACACUGGCAGCCGGGCUGGGCAUGUUGCCAUUCUUCCCACACCAGCUCCCUGCUGGACAAGCUGGGCCGGGGCGUGGGACCACUCAGGAGAAGCAGUCAGCCCCGGUGAGCAUCAGCGAAGCUGGUUUCUCAGGGUCGCAGCAUUAUCUGCAGACCUUCCCAGGCCUUCCUGCUGGAGGCCCACCGACAGGCAACCAGAAGACACUGCAGAGCCAGCCAAAAGGCACAGAGGCUGCCUCUAAGAAUCAGACUUCACUCUUGGGAGAACCACCAAAAGAAAUCCGGCUCAGUAAAAAUCCGUAUUUGAAUUUGGCAAGUGUGUUGCCCAGUGUGUGCCUAUCCACUGCAGGCAAAGGUACGCCACCGAAGACUGGAAUUGCGAGCAACAUUCUGGAUGCGAUCUCUCAGGGAAGUGAGUCCCAGCAUGCACUGGAGAAGUGCAUUGCCUAUUCUCCAUCUUUUGAGGAUUAUGCCCAGGUGUCCUCCUUGAGGAAUGAGAAGCGAAGCUCCUCCUAUCUCAUCUCUGCCCCAGAAGGAGGCCCGGUAGAACUCGCUGGCCAGCACCCUCAGGACACGGGAGUGAGCUACACAGAAACCUACUUGAAAAAGAAGCGUGUGUACUAAGCUCCAUGUCUCCUGCCCACCUGCUGCGGUCCACUGCAGCGCCUGCUGCUCAUCGCUGCCUUAACUUCAUUCACACUAGCCAUAUCCUUUCAAUACGGGUGUCUGACUUCCCAGAAGGGGCUGUCGUGCAGCAGGCCGAUCAGCCAAAUACCCAACUAGCAAUAAGAAACAUCAUUGGUUGAGGGCAUUUUCCACUAGCAUUAGAUGUGUCUUAAUCCAUGUGAGAACGACUCCCCUGGAGAAUCAGCAUUCCAAUAGUCCUUGUUUUGGGCCUGGGAACAAUUUUUGACAUCAUAUCUAAAGUCUGAAGCAAUACAUGGGAAACUUUAGUUUCCUUAGCCUUAGAAUGAAUUUCUUAUAAGCCAAUGUGCAUUUACCUUACUCCCCCCUAAGAACAGUUUCAGCUGUAGUCUUUCCUCAAACUGCAAGGGUGGCAGCGCCACCCAGGGGUGACGUUAGACGCUCAUCAUGCAGACUCCAUUAGCUCCACCAAGCCACUCAGUACCAACCCAGUGGCAGAGUGAAAGUGAUGUGACUUCAGAUACUUCACUUCUGAAGUAUCAUUUACCAUAUAUACCUUUUGUGGAAAACAAAGUAUUUCAGGAAAAGUAACUAUUGUAUAUAAUACAAGGGUUAGCGAAUACACACUAGGGCCACAUGUAGUCCACCACCUAGCCUGUGAAUCAGUGAGAACAUUUCUAAAUGUCUGGAGGUAGGGGAGGACUUACAACAUGAAACUGCAGUUUCACUGUCCCCAAGAUGAUGUGUGAAACACAGUGAGGCUUGCUCAUUCACAUAUUCUGUAGUUACUUUUGUGUCACCAUGGGAACUAAGUAGCCUCGAGAGAACUGCAGAGCCUGCAAAAGCCAGACAUUUCCUCUCUUGUCUUUUGUAAGAUUUGCUAGCCUGUCUUCCUAUUCCUUUUAUCUCACAGGAGACAGGUACACGGCAAGGAGCCAAGAUUUCUCUGCCAUUUCAUAGCAUACAGCAGUGAAUGAAGGCCUCAUCCCUAGACAAGGCCGAGCCCCGGCAGAGCAGUGCAUAUAGCCAUUCCUGAGGGAUGCUGUGGACAGCGUGGGGCAGUUCUGAGCUAACAGGCUCUACCUCACUCUGGUUUAUUACUCAUUCUUUGGUAGUUGUUAAGCUGAAAAGUAGUGGCCGUUUAAUCCAAUUCACUUCUGAAAGAACGUUUGUCUUUAUUAAUCUGACUUUUGACCUCAUCGUUUGCUGAAGAUCUUGGUAUUAAGUGAGCAACCUUUUUCCAUCUAGAAAUUUCUAUUUGUUCAUUGUUAAGGGACUGAUGAAGUAUGAGAUCCCAGUGAUCCUAUUUUAUAAGAUCAGAUCAUUAAAAUACCUUAUUUGGAGGACUUAUCAUUUUUGACUGAUACAGCUCUCCAGCAUUAAUUAUAAACUGGUACGUAUGCUACAUGCUUUAUAAUGAAUUUUACCUGGCCUAAUUUAUUGAAUAUAUCAGCUUUCAUUGAAAAAUGACAGCUAAAAAAAUUAAACUAAGAUGAUCCUACACAUGCUUCCUAUAAGUGACUGACCAGAAUGAGGCCCCAACAGCUGACUAGAGGUAUCUCCUUACGCUGCACCUCCCUGCCUCUGGCUGCAGCGUUCAGCCUCUGCAGACAGAACACUAGGAGGCUAGUGACUGCUCUCUGGGAGCUGCAGAGUGAGGAGGAAGUAGUGGAGAGAACUUAGAGACACUUCGCAUUCCGUGUGGGUCUGCCACCAUGCCAGCCUGUGCCCGUUAUUACUAGACAGAUGCACAAAUCAAGUGAUGUUAGUACAAGGUCAUUACAACCAACCCCCCACAGUCUACACUUAUUUUUCUGUGUCAGCUAAUGGUUUGAAAUGCUUUUCAAGAUGCAAGCUUAAUAUUAAAAGGCAUAUGCAUGUGAAAUUUUUAGUACGUUUAUUGUAUAAAGAGUAAACAAAGUGCAUAAAGAGAGGGCCACAGGUUUGACGUAAACAGGGGCUAUGAUGAUGUACAGCAACUAAACCAACUUAAAUGGCAACUGUACUGUUGCUACUAAACUGAUCCUGAAUUCUCUGGGGGUAGGGCUCAAAAGGUGAAAAAAAUAUCAAACAAGUAUUAAACAGCAUUAAUAAA